GCCAGAAUUUGUGCCUGGAAUUUUGCAACUUCAUGCAGAGUAACAUAAAAAUAGCGGUUUUGUUUCGUAAUACCUUCCGAUGAAAACACAGAUAUAUAGGUACUCUUCCAUGUCAGAGUAGUCAAAAGGAAUUGGCCAAAUCUGCCAUAGUCAUAAUGUUGCUGUUUGAAAUUAUUUUGGUUUUAUUAUUCGCAACUAUUGGGUAUUUUGUGCUUACGACGGUUUUCCCACCUUUGAAUUUCCCUAGAAGUAUUCCCACAGUGCCGUUUUACGUUUCCCUUCUCCCAGUAUUGACUUCCGUCGACCAAGAGGAAAUAUAUAACAAGUAUUUAAGAGAAAAGCUCGAGAAAUAUGGUGCGGUUAAGCUUUAUUUUGCCUCGAGAUGGAACAUUUUAGUGACAAGACCCGAAUAUUUGCAAACAAUUUUCAAAAACGAAGAAUUGUUUGCCAAAAGUGGUAACCAAAAGAAAACACCUUAUUCUGUUUUGGCAGAUUAUACUGGUGACAAUGUAAUUAGUUCUCAUGGAAAAGAAUGGAAAUUGUAUAGGUCGAUAAUGACGCAGAGCAUUCAAUUUCCACAACUUGAGCCGGUUUUGAAAAACACUGAGAAGUUUACUGAAUCAAUUAGGAAGGAAGUGGGCAACAAAGACAAAGCUUUGAAUGUUAGUGACAAGAUUCAAAGAUUCUGCUUAGAAAACAUUUGUGAGUGUGUGUUAGGCAUUAAACCUGAUGCAAUUGCUUCCGAGGCUGGAGAACUUCAUGAACGCAUAAAAUUUGUGAAGAAACAAAUUUUCAAUCCUAUUUACCUAAACUUUCCUAUUUUAGACAGACUUCCAAUCCCAAGCAGAUUAGAUGCUCGUAAAGAGGUUCAUGCUUUCAGGAAAUAUUUUUGUGAGCUAGUCAAACGAAACAAGAAUGAAGACUCUCAUACCUUUGCUGGCCACAAGUUACAAAGGGCCUUUGAAACCGGCGAAAUCACGGCAAAACAAUUCACCGAUAAUGUUAUCAUCACAAUGGUAGCAGGCCACGAAAACCCACAGUUGCUUUUAACUUCGCUUUUGUAUGUUAUUGCAAAAUAUCCAGUGUACCAAACGAAGCUACGUGAAGAGGUUCAAUCCUUGGGGGACAAGUCACAUUGGUCUGCUUUCCAAGACUUACCGAUUUUGAACUCAAUUAUGUACGAGACUUUGAGGCUUUAUCCACCCUUGGGUCAAAUAAUAAAUAGAUGUACUACUUCCAGGACAACAAUGGGGGAUAGUAUAAACAUUCCAAGAGGCACAUACGUUGGGUACAAUAACUUUGGCACAGGGAGAGACAUACUGGUAUGGGGUCCUGAUGCCAAUGAAUUUAAGCCAGGCAGAUGGGGAAUUACUUUAGAAGACAUUCAAAGUAAUUUUUCCCAAGCUAAGAGAACCAGUAAAUUGCCUGCUUUCCAUGGACGGAGCAGAGCAUGUAUUGGGGAAAAGUUUGCCUUACUAGAAACAAAAAUUGCUCUUGCUAAGAUUGUCGAUUGUUUCGAAGUAUCAUUGGAUAAGUCUUGGAAAGAACAGUUAACUCCAGCUGGCCCCAUAUGCCCAUUGCUGCUAAGCUUGAAGUUCAAAAGUUUACGAGAAUAAACUUUUUUAUUGUGCACAAUUAGCUGCAAAAAAAAAACAGAUUUGGAAUUUUAUUAUGCUCAUGCGAAGGCUCUAAAACUUAGUCUGCUUAAGUAUUAGAAUUUGCUCAUAUUCGAAUCAAUAAACAAACGUG